GGGGCCGGGGCGCCUGGCAGCCAUCUUCGGAGCCUCGGCCUUUGAGACAGCAGAGCCGGCCUCCGGGCUCGAAAAUGCCCCUGGGGUGCGGGUUGAAAUGGACGUGCUUGCUGACCCCUGGACGGUGUGUCCGCGCUCAGGAGUGCCAGGGACGAGUGACCCACGAGGGACAGCAGAGACCCAGGCGAGGGACAGCCGUGGCCCAUAAGGGCCAGUGAAGCUCGGAGGCGGGUGCCUGCGUGGGACCCGCGGAGGCCCCGGGGCUGGCGGCGCUCGGUCAGCUGAGGGCUGUGCACCGGACGGCUCCCGUCGGGGCGGGGUAGGUCGAGCUCCAGGCUCGCGUGAGCCGCUGGUCUGAUCCUGGGGGGCUGCAGAGGCGGCGACAACAGCCCUCGGUGGGCGAGCCCCACGCAGUCGCCUUCACACCUUCCCGGCGAGCAGGGCAUGGCAGGGCAGCGCACCGGGACCUGGUUCGGCUUCGGCUUCUGCGGCUUCGGACAGGCGCUGGGCGCGGGACAGACGCGCCAGGUCCUGGGCCCCGAGCGGCUGCAGGCACCGGCUGACCUCCUGCACGUGAGCGCCGGCUGGAGCUACACGGCGCUGGUGACAGGCGCCGGCCGGCUGCAGCUGUCCGGCGCCGUGUGCGACGAGGCGGACGGCUGUGAGGACGCGUGGGCGGCGGAGAGGCUGCUUGUGGUCGUGCGUGGCCGGGAGCUGCAGGGCUGGGCGCCCGCGGCGGCGCUGCACGAGAAGCCGCUCUGGACCCGCGUGCUGGAGCCGGAUGCCGACCCGCGGCCCAGGGCGCUGCCGCUGCUGCCCGGCGCCUACGUGAGCCCGCGGCCGCCCUUCUACCGGCCGCUGCCCGGGGGGCUGCGCGCGCGGCGGCUGGAGCUGGGCAGCGAACACGCGCUGCUGCUGGACGCCGCGGGCCAGGUGUUCUCCUGGGGCGCCGGCAGGCACGGACAGCUGGGCCACGGGACGCUGGAGGCCGAGCCGGAGCCCCGGCCGCUGGAGGCGCUGCAGGGCCUGUCCGUGGCGCGGGUGGCGGCGGGCGGCUGGCACUCGGUGUGCGUGAGCGAGAGUGGGGACAUUUACAUCUGGGGCUGGAAUGAGUCUGGGCAGUUGGCCCUGCCCACCCGGAGUCUGGCAGGGGAUAAGUCAGCCAUAGGACAAGCCAGUGGUCUAAAUGGCGGUGGUUCUGCUGAGGAGAGAGUGACAGGAGCUGAGGACACAGGCCCUGCCCCCUUCAUAACUAUCCAGCCCUUCCCUGCCCUGCUGGACCUGCCCCUGGGCUCAGAGGCAGCUGAGGCCAGCUGUGGAUCCCGGCACACAGCCGUGGUGACAAGGACAGGGGAGCUGUACACCUGGGGCUGGGAACAGCUCAUUGGUGCACCCAUAGUUGCUGUGCUGGGACCUGAGACUGGAGCUGCCUUGCGAUGUGCCUCCAGGGACAAGGCUGGACUCUGCGUUGGGGGCUUUAGGGGCAGUGCUGGUUCCCCUGCUGCUGAAACCCAGCAGUUUUAUUGCUGAGUUUGGGGAGUUGUUUAUAAAUUCCUGACACAAGUGCACUGUUGCUUAAGAUUUGAAAUCGUGGGAGUCGGGCUGUAGCGCAGCGGGUUAAGCGCAGGUGGCGCAAAGCACAAGGACCGGCAUAACGAUCCCGGUUCGAACCCCGGCUCCCCACCUGCAGGGGAGUCACUUCACAGGCGGUGAAGCAGGUCUGCGGGUGUCUAUCUUUCUCUCCUCCUCUCUGUCUUCCCCUCCUCUCUCCAUUUCUCUCUGUCCUAUCCAACAACGACGACAACAAUAAUAACUACAACAAUAAAACAAGGGCAACAAA